AUGUCUUCCUCCGAACAUGCUAAUGAAGCUUUGAAUCUUGUCGCCGACAAGAUUCAACGGAUUAUCAAGAAGUCCGAGAAGCUCCCAAUGGGAGACUCGGGUUCAAAGGCUUUCGCACAUGAGAUUGCCAUUACUUUGUCAACUGCAUUUGCUCAACACGGGCAUGCCGCAACCUCGGUGCCUCCCACUCUCUUGUCCUGCGCUGCAGAACUCCGAGACAAGAGCGCACCAAAUGGAAAACUCAAGGGCUUGCUGGACUGGGCAACCAUAUCCGACCAGGAUACUUGCAUCCGCGGUCACCCGCUUUUUAACAAGACAAUCAGGUACACGCGUCCUGUCCCUCCGGCCUCUCCUCCUCCAGUCGCUGCACCUAUUUAUACUCAUCCGGCAGCCCAGGCCAGCAACUCGACUCAUUCAGCGGUGGCAUCGGCCCUUUUUCCCAUUGAAGCUCCAGCACCGCCACCUCCAAACCUGGUAGUUAAGCCAUUCAACCUGCUUGUUCCGGGCAACAAACGGAAGGCACCAACAUCCGAACUGGACGAUGAGAAUGAUGAACAGCCGGCGCCACCACCGGCCAAAAACCAGGUGUCUAAAUCCGGGCGCGAGGUUGGGCCUCGGGACCGCAGUCGACCUCGGAAGAAGGUGAAGUCGAAGAAGAUCAUUAGCGAUGAUGAGGAUGAUGAAGUCCUCCCGACUAAUGUAAUAUAUGUGAAGAACAAGAAGCAAACCGAGAACACUGUCCCUGUAGUCGUUCCAUCAGCAGGUGCCAAGCCCGGUAUUGACACUACGAAGAAGCCGGAAUCUUUGUCGUGCAUCUUUGGUGACCAAUGCGAGCGUUGCAUCAAGUAUGAUGUCGCUUGCGUGGUUGCCGCUGCGAAGAAGGCUGGCGAGUUCCGGAAGUGCUGCUGCACUUGUGAUGAGAAGAAAACCAAGUGCGUCCGGCUGGAUCCCACCACAGCCGAACUUCUUCGUGCGCAAAUUGUGUCGAAGAAAGCAAAGGCUGCCGCUGCUGCUGAAAAGAAAUCCCGACUUGCUGCGGGCCGGCAAGGAAAGGGAUCCUCAUCCCGAGCCCAAUCCCGAACUCGGUUGAAGGGCGCAACUGGUGAGCGCGCAACCCACACAACGUCACGUGUGUGUCGUGCAUCCCCUGAUCCAAUCAUCGCCUCAAACACGGAGGACUCAGCAGAUGAGGAUGCUGAGGGCGACUAUGACACACAACCCGAAAUACUUGUGCCGAAGGCACCCGCAGACGCAGACGCCGGGCCUGCUGCUGGUGCACCAGCGGCCACUGUCGACAAUGACGUUGACAUGACUGUCACACCUGACAUCGUGCCCGCGGACAUUGCAGCACCGGCCGUUCCGAUGGCUGAACAGCCAACGCUGACCGAUGUCAUCCGCACAAUCGAGGCCCUCAGGACCAGGUUUGAAGGGAUGGUGACUCGUUCGAGUGAUCAUGCCGAGGCACUGCAUGAGGACAUGGUGGGUCGGAUGACCACCUUGGAUGGAGAAUGGACCAGGCGGUUUGCCACCAUGGAAGCUAAAAUCCGGGAUGUCGAGUUGAAGAACUCCAGCAACAUGGCAUCAAUCGGACACAUGGCCAAUGCCAUGAGCUUGUUCCACCAUACCAGAAGGCCGACCUCCUUCAACCCUCCCAUUGGACCGUCGACGCAAGGUCACCCGUUUGGUCAAAUCCCGGGCUCGUGGUUCCCGAACGCUCCUGACCAGGUUGAUCAGAGUGUUUCUGCAGCGGGUAAGGAGUACACCACUGCUUGGGACCUUUCACAAGGCCCUCAGCCCGGCCCUUCAGUGAACAUGACUGUAUCUCUAGUUCGGGCAUCCAGUGAGCCCCCGCAACUCGCUCAUGAUGUUUAUAGUUUCCCGCCUGCAAGUCCCUUCAAUAGUCAGUGA